CAUUAUCAAUCUUCUUCAUUCUAUUUAAAACCCAUCAUCAACCCCUCUUCUUUACUAGGGUUUUCAUUAUCAAAAUCCUUCUUUCUCUUCUUCAUCAGAUCAAGAACAUAUUAAUGUCGAUUUCCAUCGAUUCAUCAAAACAAAAUUAUGCUACAACCAGCCUGGUUAUUGGCUACGCACUCUGUUCAAGCUUACUCGCCGUCAUAAACAAGUUCGCCAUUACCAAAUUCAACUAUCCAUCCUUAUUAACCGCCUUACAAUACCUAACCUCAGCAUUAUCUGUCUGGGUUUUAGGUAAAUUAGGGUUCUUGAAUCACGACAAAUUCAAAUUCGAAACAGCAAAGAAAUUCCUACCACCCGCAAUAGUCUUCUUUCUCGCCAUUUUCACAAACACAAAUCUUCUCCGACAUGCAAAUGUCGAUACAUUCAUUGUUUUCCGAUCAUUAACUCCCUUAUUAGUUGCCAUAGCCGACACUUUUUUCAGAAACCAACCAUGUCCAUCUAGGUUAACAUUUCUCUCACUUUUCAUCAUUUUAAGCGGCGCAAUUGGAUACGUCGCUACAGAUUCAUCUUUCAAUCUGACUGCUUAUUCAUGGGCAUUUGCUUAUUUAAUCACGAUCACAACUGAAAUGGUGUAUAUCAAACAUAUGGUGACAAAUCUAGGUUUGAAUACAUGGGGGUUUGUUUUUUAUAACAAUUUACUCUCUUUAAUGAUGUCGCCUUUCUUUUGGUUCUUCACCGGAGAAUACGCCGACGUUAUGGUUGCGUUUGGAUCGUCGGAUUGGUUCGAUUUGAGUUCGUUUAUUGCGGUUUCUUUGUCUUGUGUGUUUGGUUUUCUUAUAAGUUUUUUUGGGUUUGCGGCUAGGAGAGCUAUAUCGGCGACGGCGUUUACGGUCACCGGAGUUGUGAAUAAGUUUUUGACGGUGGUGAUUAAUGUGUUGAUUUGGGAUAAACAUGCAACUCCAUAUGGGUUGGUUUGUUUGCUUUUAACUAUAUUUGGAGGUAUUUUUUAUCAACAGUCGGUUACAGGAGCAGCGGCGCCUGCGCCGGCGACGGCGAAGAUUGAGAUGGAUGAAUGUGAACUGUUAGGGGAGGAGAGGAGUAAAAAUGGUGAUGAUGAUGAUGAAGAGAAUGGUAAAAAAAUGAUUUUUACUUAAUUGGAAUUGAAUGGUCAUAGAUAUAAUUUAUGAAUUAAAGAUGAUUGAUCUUGAAG